AUGGAAUCACGAUCUUUGGUCGUCGAGUUCGCGGCAAAGAGGAGCCCAAAGAUCGAGGGACGAAAGAGAAUGAAGAGUAACUUGAUAUUUAAUGCGUGUUGUACGAUCGUUGGCUUCUCGGUAGGAGUUCUGAUCACUGUCUAUACCACUAAAACUAGUGCCCUCUUUUCAGAAUCCACCUUUUUAAAGCGCCAGGUAUCAGAGAACUAUGAGGGCAAAACCAUCCUAGCAUCGGGAAACCCUUCUGCCGCAAACCCAAAGCGGAAAUGCGCCCCCCCACCGCCACAGUUUCUUCUUGAAGAUCCCCGUAUUAUGGAUCAUGAUGCAGUCAAGCAGGCUCUGGCCCAUAUCGACUCAAUAUUGAAAUCGACCUUAAAUGCGACUAAGGACGCUGUAUCUCUGAGUAUUGUGCACUCUGCUAAGGGCAAAGGGUACGAGUUCCACAAAGGGAGAAAGCGGUUGAACGAAUCUGGACCUUUAGAAAUCAUCAAUGGCGACUCAAUUCAUAGAGUAUUAUCUGUGACAAAGCUAUUUACGGUCCUCGAAGCACUUGUUCUAGGUCGACAGGCACAGGUUAAGCGCUUCUUGCCAGAGCUAACGCUCGAGUCAAGACUUCAAGAUGUUCUUCCAGAAUUCAGCCUUGGAAGCACCUUUAAAGAUGCAGGGGAUAUCACUCUUGGAGAGCUAGGUGGUCAUCGAUCUGGUCUUUCAAGAGAAGUUGGGAAGAUGAUCUUAACCAGUUUCAACGACGUGACGUGGCCGCCGAUACCCGGUCGAAACGUUCUUGGCCACGGACAGAUCAGAAACGACACCUCGAUUCAAGAAUAUCUCAAAAUGAUAUCUAAAAGAGAUUUAGUAUGGCAGGUUGGAGAGACCCCUAGCUAUUCCAAUACUGGGUUUAAUCUACUGGGUUUGGCCACAGAAAGAUACCGCCAAAGGCUAACGAAAGAGCGCAAAAGAUGGGAUGAGAUGAUGAAAGAUGACAUUUUCAAUCCUCUCGGGAUGGAUCACACUUUCGCAGGCCCAAUUCCAGAACAUUUACGAAAGGAUAUCAUCACCCCAAACGCUAGUAAUAUGGUAGACCUAGUUCUUCCGCACGUCACAGACCCAGCUGCUGGAAUGUUCUCGACCUCCAACGAUCUCUCAAAGCUACUUCACAAAGUUUUGCUGUCUUCGAAUCCUCUUCUGAUCAGUAAUUCGCAACGCCACACUUGGUUAAAAUCCAUUCAUCAGAAUACUGAUGGCAUGACCUCCGUUGGCAUUCCUUGGGAAUCAUACCGUGCUAUGAUGCCAGACUACGGGACGUACAAUAUUCAUUUCAAACUGGGUAGCCAUCCGGCUCACCAAAAUCAAAUAUCUGUUUUCCCUGAAUUUGGAUAUGGGGUCGUAGCUUUGGUUAGCGUGGGCUCAACCGAUGAAGAACUUACGAAGGGUGCUGCAAAAGCAGACCCACUGGCUAUGUCGUUUGACAUACAUAAUACCUUGGCUCCGGCAAUCUGGAAAGCCUAUAACUCUAUUUUGAUUUCCGACUAUGUGGGGACCUAUACAUCAAAAGACGGUAUUGAUAUUGCACGCAUCGUCUGGGAGAAUGACUUGUUAGUCAUUAAAGAAUUAAAGAUUAAAGGCGUCGAUAUGCUACUAAAGGCAGAUCAUUUACUCUGGGCGCUGGGUGGUCCGCAAUUUAAAGUUUUUGAGGGUGGCAUAAAAUUGACCGGAACUGGAUACCUAGGAAACUUCAGGGGUGCGGCGCUGAAUGUCUGUGCCUGGGAUAACUUUGAUAUAGUUACAACAAAGACCGGGUGGGGGGUUGAUUUAUUCGUCAUUAAGAAACUGAACGGGAAGAUGACUUUCUUGUAUGAGCCUCUUCAGGGUGAGUUGGUGAAACAAUAA